AGAAGAAGGAGAAACCACAGACAGCGGUGUCUUAUCGCUGAACUUUGACUAGGAGAUCGUAACCAGCGGAAACAGCAGUUACGGCGGCUGUUCAACACAGCUUCAACUGGAUUUGACUUCUCUGUUUUUUUUUAACACAUAAACGGAGUCAUGUCUGCGCUGCUCUCAACCGUCAGCCUCCUCCUGUGUCUCCAGGGAGUUCCAGCUCUGGAUCUGUUCAGAGUGACUAGAACCCCUGCUGAUGCUCCCAUCAUUCCCAGAGUGCACUGCUGGUGUAACAGUUAUCCCGACACGACUCUCUGCUCCUGGCCUGAAACUUCACAUGAACCUCAUACGCAUUACAUCACCACCUACAGAGAGCGACACGGUCAUCCCAUGACCAACAACUGCCUCGUCAUCCCACCCACACCUCGAUCUCCAUCUUCUGGUUCCUCAUCCUCAUCUGAUCAGGAAUGGCUGUGCCAACUGUCUGACCUGAAGCUCUUCACAGACUACAUCAUCAACGUCACCGCUGUGUCACCUGCUGGGAGCAGCUCCUUCCUGUCAGGAUUAAUGAUGGAGGACAUCGUGAAACCAGACCCUCCUGUGGACGUGCGGGUUUCCCUUCAGAACAAGAGGCACCUGUUGGUGGAAUGGUCUCCUCCGUCCAGUUGGAGAGACCUGGAGAUCUUCCCUCUGAAAUACCACAUCCGGUACCAGUGGGAAAACAGAGGCUCCCCCAAAUCAGUCAACCUGGGUCCGUUUGAAAGCACCAGUGUGGAACUGAAAGGCCUGAGUCCAGGCAGACAGUACCAGCUCCAGGUCUGUUCUAGAGAACUGAUGGGUCUGGGAUCCUGCAGCGACUGGAGCUCACCUGUUUAUAUCACUGUUCCCCGGACUAACCUGUAGACACCGGGCCGUCUCACCUCUGCUGUCAAGUUACUGAGCCACCGCUGCCUUUAAUGCACAAACAAUGCUGAUGUUGUAUUUAUAAAAUUAAUAUUUAUUUAUUGCAAUGCUGCUGUCUUUGAGGAAAAAAAAAUCUAAAAAUCAAAUAAAAACAAUUCAUUCAACAUCAA